GUUGACUCGGAUUGGUUCUUGUUAUUUUAAUUAUUUUUAUCUCUAUAUUCUUUGUUGACUGUCUUUCCUUGUUUAAAAUGGCCCAAUUGUUUCGUAAUCACUGCCUUAAUCUCCUCCGUAAGCAUCCAUUUGUAUUUGCAUCAAAAAUCAGUCCGAAUUUGACUGGCAACCUGAUUAAGAGGAACAUCCAGACAACCCUAGCUUUAGAGAAGUUAAUUACAUUUAAUUUGAGUGAUAUUGGUGAAGGAAUUCAUGAAGUUACGGUCAAAGAAUGGUUUGUAGAAGAAGGGCAGGUAGUAAAUCAAUUUGAUAAUAUUUGCGAGGUUCAAUCGGAUAAAGCUUCGGUUACAAUCACUUCUCGUUAUGAUGGAAAAGUAAAUAAGUUGUAUUACUCAAUUGAUGAUAUCGCACUUGUUGGCAAGCCACUUGUCGACUUUGAAAUUGAGGAUGAUGAUAAAUUAUCAGAGGAUAGUGACUCUGAGUCAUCGGCUUAUUCAUCCGAUAGUGACUCAGAAGUGAUUAGAGGACGUAAAAUUUUGACGACACCAAGUGUCAGGAAAAUUGCUAAGGAAAAUGACAUUGACUUGGCUAAAGUUCAUGGAACUGGCAAGCAUGGAAGGAUCUUGAAAGGAGAUUUACUCGAAUAUUUGAAUUUAAUUCCAAAAGGAACACAAAAACCACAUCCAACGCUUAAGGAGACGCCAAUCGAUGAAUUUUUGAUUCCACCUCCUUUAACUCAUCGUACUGUCGCUUCUCCUUUAGAGCAUAAAGUCGUGCCUUUAAAGGGUGUUCCAAAAGUCAUGUUCAAGUCAAUGACUGAAGCCUUAAAGAUUCCACAUUUCAUGUAUAGCGAAGACAUUGACAUGACUAAAUUGAUUCAAGUUCGUAACGACUGCAAAGGCCAAGCAUUAGCUCGUGGAAUCAAAUUAUCCUACAUGCCAUUCUUCAUUAAGGCUGCAAGUGUCAGUUUACACAAAUAUCCAAUCCUUAAUAGUUCACUCGAUGUCGAACACGAAUCAAUCAUUUAUAAGCCAUAUCAUAAUAUUUCAGUUGCCAUGCAUACUGCAAUGGGAUUAGUUGUGCCAAAUAUUAAGGAAGUUCAUCAUAAAUCAAUUAUGCAGAUUGCUCAGGAUUUGAAUAUGUUACAUGAGAAGGGAUUAAAGGGACAAUUGACACCAGAAGAUUUCUCACACGGAACAUUUACGUUAAGUAACAUUGGCAAUUUCGGUGGAACUGUCUUGACUCCAGUUAUUAUGUCGCCACAGGUUUGUAUUGGUGCUUUGGGAAGGAUUAGAGUUCUUCCACGUUUCGGUCCUAAUGGAGAAGUUAUUAAGGCUAGUAUCAUGAAUGUAAGCUUCUCGGGUGAUCAUCGUGUCAUAGAUGGUACUACUAUGGCCAGUUUUACUAAUCUCUGGAAGUCAUAUUUAGAAAAUCCAAAUCUUUUCAUGUUGGAUGGACAUUAGAGAAGCAUUUUUAGACUAAAAGUCGUCUUUAGAAAGAUUUUAUCAGAUUUUUAACCAGUGUGUGAGGUUUGUGGUGAUUUUAAGGGAUAUUUUCAAUGAUUGAGCCUUGAUGGGUGUUAUAGGGUUCUAAAGUUUUGUAGUUGUAAGGUUUGGAUAAACAUUUAUGAUGAUUUUAGCAAGGAUUUGGGGGGUUUUAAACGAAUUUAUUUUUAGAUUAUUUCAAAUUUUCAAAAGUCGUUAAGUUUGAAAUUUUUAUAAGCCGUUAAAUCACUAAAUCUAGAAAGUGCAAUAUCAAAGCAAUACGAUGAUAAUAUCUCUUUAAAUCCAGUCAUAACAUCGCUCACAAAAUCAGAUUAGUGUUUCUAAGCAUUUAAGGAAUCAAAGUGCAAAUUUAUAAAGGAACUUGAUGCAUUUAUUACUUGACUAAAGAGUAAAAAACAUAUUUUUAUAAUAAUUGUAAUUUUAAGACUUACAACUUUAUUUUUCAAGUGGAAUAUACAUACAAAAAAAAACAAUGUUGUUAGACAACAUCCAAAAUUAUAUUAAAUGGUGAAACAAUUAGACUAUUAAAUUGCUUAUAAUUUUUUCGUUUGUUUGUUGAAUGAUU